UAAAAACGCGUGGUUUCGUUCGCGUUGAGUACCGUUAUCGGAUGAGGUGGAAAGGCGGCGGCGACGUCGGCGAUCGGCGCUCGCUUUGUUCGCCGAUCUCCACGUGCCUGCCGCCAUUUAGAAUCGCUUUCGAACGCGAUUACCACAAAUAAUGUGCAUUUUUACUAAUGAGACCAUCUUGAAAGCGAGAACAGUCGCCAUUUCUGCAUAUUGGCAGCGUUUUUGCCGCGGGAGAUAUGAGAAAGGUGACGGUGGAAGCAUGGCAGGUGCCGGCGGAGAGUUCGUGGAGGGCUGGCUCGUGGCGCAGCUGCUGGGUGAGGGCGCCUACGGAGAGGUGCGGCUGCUGGUGCACGCGCGGUCGGGCGCGCGCGUGGCGCUGAAGGGCGUGCGCGGCGCGGCGGGCGCGCGCGAGGCGGCGCUGCACCGCGCGCUGCGCCACGCGCACGUGCUGCGCUGCCUGGGCGCGCGCGCGCACCUGGGCCGCCACUACCUGUUCCUGGAGUACGCGCCCGGCGGCGAGCUGUUCGAGCGCAUCGCGCCCGACGCGGGCAUGGCGCCGGCGCACGCGCGCCGCUACUGGCGCCAGCUGGCGGCCGGCCUGCGCUACCUGCACGCCCGCGGCGUGGCGCACCGCGACCUCAAGCCCGAGAACCUGCUGCUGGACGCGCGGGACCGCAUCAAGAUCUCCGACUUCGGCAUGGCGACGCUCUACAGGCACGGGGCACGCGAGCGGCUGAUGGGCCGCGUGUGCGGCACGCUGCCGUACGCGGCGCCCGAGGUGCUGGAGGCGGAGGCGCGGCCCUACCGCGCGCCGCCGGCCGACGUGUGGGCCGCCGCCGUGGUGCUGCUGGCGAUGCUUGUCGGGGAGUUGCCGUGGGAGCGCGCGACGGAGUCGGAGCCGCGCUACGCGGCGUGGAGCGCGUGGGCGGGCGCGGGCGAGGCCGCGGGCCCGCCGCCGCCGGGCGCGUGGCGCCGCGUGGCGCCGGCCGCGCUGCGCUGGCUGCGCCGCGCGCUGCAGCCCGCGCCCGAGCGGCGCGCGCGCCUCGCCGACCUGCUGCUGGACCGCUGGAUGCACGACGCGCCGCCGCCCGCCGCGGGCGGCGCGCGCGCGUGCUUGUCGCAGCCGGCGAGCGCGGUCGGCGCCGACGACGACGACGAGGCGGGCGGCGCCGACGACCUGUCGCCCGCCGACAUGGACGCGCUGCUGAGCUCGUCGCAGCCGGCGCCCGGCGCCGAGCUGCUGCCGGCGUCGAGCGGGCCCGAGGCGGGCGGCGCGCGGCGCCUGGCGGGCCGCGUGUGGCUGGCGGGCGGCGAGGCGGGCGCGCUGCGGGCGCUGGCGGCGGCGCUGCGGGCCGCGCGCUGGCCGUGGCGCCGCCUGCAGGCGCGCACGCUGGCCGUGGAGUGCGGCGCCGAGCUGCGCAUGCGCGUGGUGGUGGCGGGCGGCGCGCGCGACGCCGCGCUCGUGCACUUCCAGCGCUGGCGCGGCUGCGGGCUGCAGUACCAGCGCUGCGUGCUGCAGCUGCGCGCCGCGCUGCGGGACCACGAGGUGCCGCCGCCCGAGCCGCAGGCGGCCCCGGCCCCGCCAGAGCCCAUGGACGAGGACCGUGAUUGACGAUGUCGCGUGGAGAACAAAUUACGUCGAGGACGUUACGAUUGUGAUAUGUAAAGAUAAUGACAUUUUUUGUAUUCAAGACUGAUUUGACGACGCCUGGAUCGAUUUAAUAAUAAUUCGUUACAUAAAUAAAUAAGUUCAUAAAGAAA